UCAUAUCUCGAAGCAAGAAAGUCUAACCUUGGAAAUGUGAAACCAUGCCCUCCAAACCAAAACCAGAACCUUUAUUUUUCCUUAUAAUAAAAUCCCAUGCAACACAGAAAUGUGGAAGACAACUUCUGAUCUGAUCCCCCUAACCCAGUGAGGUCCUCUUCUUUGAUUUGAGCUUUUCAUUUUCAUCAGCCAGACCCUACAAUAAAACGCGCUCCAAUUUUCCAUAUUUUUUGGCCACGGUACACCUCUUUCUUUCCCUAGUCACAAAACCCACAUACCAUAAAAGCCUUAUUUCACAGAUAUUAUAUGCAAUUAGGAAACCCACCCCCCCCCCCCCAUAAAAUUAAAGGUACAAAACCAAAAUUCACUGCCUUAAGCCAUAGCCAAAACAUCAGACCAACCACCUUGCGAGAAAGGUGAUCUCCCCUACUACUCUUUAAAGAUUUUAGUGUAGAUCAUGGAAGUGCUACCUUCUUCUGGUGUUCAGUAUGUUGAAGAAUCUGAUUGUGCUCAACAGAAUUCAGGAACGGUUUUUAUUUAUGAUGGAGAAUCUAAUAGCUUUGAACAUGGAAAACAAGUUCAAAUGGUGGAUGGUGGAGUAAAUAUCUUAUCACUAAAUGGGGAAGGGUCUCAAAUAGAGAGACAAAGUGAUGACCAUGGGGCAGUAAAUGGAUUGCCUCUCUCCAAAGGACAUCAAAGUGGGCCUUCAUAUUCUGAUUGUCUGGUGGAGAGCCAAAAAUUAUCUGGUGAUUCUCAUGAUUUUGAAGAUGAUGAAUUGAAUGUACAGAAUUCUUGCACAGAACCUUAUGAAGCCCCUGAAAACUUUCAAGUAAUUGUGGAUAAUAUUGAAAGUGAGCCAACUAACAGUAGGGAUGGAGAGUCAUCCCUUUCAGAGCCCAUGUGGCUAGAACAUGAUGAAUCUGUGGCAUUGUGGGUCAAGUGGAGAGGGAAGUGGCAGGCAGGAAUUAGAUGUGCAAGGGAAGACUGGCCAUUAUCAACUUUGAGAGCGAAACCAACUCACGAUCGAAAGAAGUAUUUUGUGAUAUUUUUUCCGCAUACUAGGAAUUACUCCUGGGCAGAUAUGCUGCUUGUCCGACCAAUCAAUGAAUUCCCACAGCCUAUUGCAUAUAGGACGCAUAAAAUUGGACUUAAAAUGGUUAAGGAUUUGAAUGUUGCACGGCGGUUUAUAAUGCAAAAGCUAGCUGUUGGUAUGCUAAAUAUCGUCGAUCAAUUUCAUACUGAGGCACUGAUAGACACUGCUCGUAAUGUGAUGGUCUGGAAGGAAUUUGCGAUGGAGGCUUCACAUUGUAGUGGUUAUUCUGAUCUUGGAAGAAUGCUUUUGAAGCUUCAAAAUAUGAUAUUGCAGCAAUACAUAAAAUCAGAUUGGCUUGAACAUUCUUUUCAAUCUUGGUUAAAACGGUCUCAGGUUGCACAAAGUGCUGAAUCUAUUGAAUUGCUGAGGGAGGAAUUGUCUGAUUCUAUCCUAUGGAAUGAAGUCAACUCUCUCUGGAAUGCACCGGUGCAGCCAACAUUAGGUUCUGAGUGGAAAACCUGGAAGCAUGAAGUUAUGAAAUGGUUCUCAACAUCUCAUCCUGUAUCUAGUAGCGGUGAUGUAGAGAAGAGAAGCUGUGACAGUCCCUCAACCAUGAGUCUUCAAGUUGGCAGGAAGAGGCCUAAGCUUGAAGUGCGCCGUGCAGAAUCACAUGCUUCCCAGGUGGAAACAAGCAGUCCACUUCAAACUAUGACUGUUGAAAUUGACUCUGAGUUCUUCAAUAAUCGAGACAUUAUAAAUGCUGCUACUGUAACAUCAGAGCUUCCUAAAGAGGAAUAUUUUAGGGAGGGAGCUGCACCUACAGAGUCUCCUUGUAGUGUGACUGACAAAUGGGAAAAAAUUGUAGUUGAAGCUGGAAACUCUGAACUCAUGCAGACCAAAGAUAUUGAAAGGACUCCUAUAAAUGAAGUUUUGGAUAAGAAAACCAUAGAUGCUGGGAAUAAGAAUCGGCAAUGUAUUGCUUUUAUUGAAUCGAAAGGAAGGCAGUGUGUUAGAUGGGCAAAUGAUGGUGAUGUUUAUUGUUGUGUACAUUUAGCCACUCGUUUCAUUGGCAGCUCCACCAUGGUAGAGGCAAGUCCUCCUGUUAAUAGUCCAAUGUGUGAAGGCACCACUGUUCUUGGAACUCGAUGUAAACAUCGUUCUCUACCAGGUUCCUCAUUCUGCAAGAAACACGGACCCCGGAUUGAUACAAUAAAUACCUCAAAUUCACCUGAAAAUACACUUAAGAGAAAGCAUGAGCAGAUUAUUCCAGGUUCAGAGGCCACACACUGCAAAGAUAUUGUAUUGAUGGGAGAAGUGGAAAGUCCUCUUCAAGUGGAGCCUGUCUCAAUCAUGGAUGGAGAUGCCUUCCAUGGCAGGAACAUGUUAACUGAGAAGCUUGAGCAUUCUGUCCAGGACCAUAAUGGCAAGGAGGUGUUAAACUGCAUAGGCUCAAAUCCUCUUGAUUAUAAUAGCCCUUGUCAUGACACUCCAAAGCGUUAUUCAUUAUAUUGUGAUAAACACAUCCCAAGUUGGCUUAAACGUGCAAGGAAUGGUAAAAGUAGAAUAAUACCUAAAGAAGUAUUCAUAGAUCUUUUAAAGGAUUGCCAUUCUUUGGAUCAAAAGUUGAGUUUACAUUGUGCUUGUGAGCUUUUCUACAAGCUCUUCAAAAGCAUCUUAUCCCUAAGAAACCCAGUUCCUAUGGAAAUUCAACUUCAGUGGGCCUUGUCUGAAGCUUCUAAAGAUUUCAGCAUUGGAGAAAUCUUAUUGAAGUUGGUUUGCACUGAAAAAGAGAGACUCACAAAAAUAUGGGGCUUCAGUGCUGACGAAGAUGUACAUGUUUCUUCCUCUGUCAUGGAAGAAUCAGCAAUUUUGCCCUUGGCUGCUGAUAGUAGCCAUGAUGAUGAAAUAUCAUUUAAAUGCAAAUUUUGCUCAGAGAAGUUUCUUGAUGACCAAGAGCUUGGUAACCACUGGAUGGACAAUCACAAAAAGGAAGCACAAUGGCUUUUUAGAGGUUAUGCGUGCGCCAUCUGCCUGGACUCAUUUACUAACAGGAAACUUCUGGAAACCCAUGUACAAGAAAGACACCAUGUGCAAUUUGUCGAACAAUGCAUGCUUUUUUGUUGCAUUCCUUGUGGCAGCCACUUUGGGAAUGUUGAAGAGUUAUGGUUACAUGUUCUCUCAGUCCAUCCUGCUGAAUUCAGGUUAUCAAAAGUGGCUCAACUGGAUAAUCUGCCUUCACGAGAAGAAAAAGAGGAUUCUCUGCAGAAACUUGAACAGGACAAUAAAGCUUCUGUGGAAAAUAACUCAGAGAAUUUAGGGGGUAUCCGAAAGUUCAUAUGCAAGUUUUGUGGCUUGAGGUUUGAUUUGCUACCUGACCUUGGCCGGCACCAUCAGGCUGCUCAUAUGGGACCGAAUCUAUUCAGCUCUCGGCACCCAAAAAGGGGGGUUCGUUAUUAUGCUUACAGAUUAAAAUCUGGAAGACUUAGCCGUCCUAGAUUUAAGAAAGUUUUGGGAGCUGCAACAUAUAGGAUCAGGAACAGGGGAAGUGCUAGUAUGAAGAAACGUAUCCAGGCAUCAAAGUCGCUCAACAUUGGGGGAUUAAGUGUACAGUCUCAGGUAACUGAUCUUGCAACUCUUGGUAGAUUGGCAGAAUUUCAAUGCUCAGCAGUUGCAAACAUAUUGUUUUCUGAGAUUGAGAAAACUAAACCUCGUCCCAAUAACCUUGACAUAUUAGCUGCUGCACGCUCUGCUUGUUGUAAGGUGAGCCUAAAGGCCUCACUGGAGGGGAAAUAUGGAGUUUUGCCAGAACGUUUGUAUCUCAAGGCAGCCAAACUUUGCAGCGAGCAUAAUAUUAGAGUGAAGUGGCACCAAGAGGGGUUUAUUUGUCCUAGAGGAUGCAAGAGUUUUAAGGACCCAGGAUUACUGCCACCCUUGAUGCCUCUUCAUAAUGGUUUUGUAGGUAAACAGUCGGCACAUUCAUCUGACCAUAUGAGCAAUGCGUGGGAAGUGGAUGAGUGCCACUAUGUAAUUGAUUUGUGUGAUUUUAGUGAGAUUCCUAGACAAAAGUCCACUGUCUUGUGCAAUGAUAUAAGCUUUGGGAAGGAAUUGAUUCCAAUAGCUUGUGUAAUAGAUGAGGACGUCCUAGCAUCUCUUAAUGUCUUUGCAGAUUGUUCUAACGGUCAAACUACUAAGUUCCCCAUGCCUUGGAAAAGCUUUACCUAUAUCACAAGACCAUUGCAUGAUCAAUCUCACAAUCAUGUUAUUGAGAAUUUGCAAUUGGGGUGUGCUUGCCCUGAUUCAUUAUGCUCUCCUGAAACAUGUGAUCAUGUUUAUCUCUUUGAUACUGACUAUGAGGAUGCAAGAGAUAUAUGUGGGAAAUUUAUGCAUGGCAGGUUCCCAUAUGAUGAUAAAGGGCGGAUUAUAUUGGAGGAGGGUUACCUUGUUUAUGAGUGCAAUCACAUGUGCAGGUGCAGCAAAACCUGCCCAAAUAGGGUUUUGCAGAACGGAAUACGAGUAAAGCUGGAAAUCUUUAAAACAAAGAAUAAGGGAUGGGCAGUCAGGACAGGUGAACCAAUCCUACGUGGCACAUUUGUGUGUGAAUAUAUUGGGGAGGUUUUAGAUGAGCAGGAGGCAAAUGAAAGGCGGGGCAGAUAUGGUGAACAAGGUUGCAGCUAUAUGUACAACAUAGAUGCUCGUACCAAUGAUAUGAGUAGAUUGAUUGAAGCACAGGUGAAAUAUGUGAUUGAUGCCACCAAGUAUGGGAAUGUUUCAAGGUUCAUCAAUCACAGCUGCUUGCCAAAUCUUGUGAACCACCAAGUUCUUGUCAAUAGCAUGGAUUCUCAGCGUGCUCAUAUUGGUCUGUAUGCAAGUCGAGAUAUAGCUUCUGGCGAAGAACUAACGUACAAUUAUCAGUAUGAUCUGCUGCCUGGAGAAGGAUAUCCUUGCCAUUGUGAAACUUCCAAGUGCAGAGGGCGCCUUCGCUAAAUCUUAAUGAACGUUGGUUCCUGUGGUCUUGUCUGCGAAUAUUAAGGGAAAUGCGAGUUUUGAGCCCAUUUCACGCAAUUCAAAUUUGUCAGCAGACCAUAUCAUGAGUAGCUCAUUGAGUGGAUUAAAGCUAACAUCAACUUGGUCAAGUCCCUGUGGCAAUGGUACCAGGGCUCCAGCAUUUCUGCAAGGAAAUUUCGGCAAUCCCACCAAGUUGUUUGUGUCUAUUCACAUUUAUACACGUUAUUCGAGACAGGAAACAUCAUUUUCUUUUUGGCAUCUCCUUUUCAACAGCAGCGAACACUGAUGCCACCCUGCCUAAGCUUCUAGUGUAGAUGGUCAUUUUUCUGUUUGAAGUUCUUAGGUGUCAUGUUUGUGGGUAUUCUUUUCCUGGGAAUGCAUAAGUGGCCUGUUUCAAAUAAUUUUUGGCCGCCAUGUAUGCUUAUUACCCACUAUUGACAUGUAAAUAUUUGAACAAACAAGCUUGCUUUUUGGUUAUGGAAGAUGAUGCACAUAUUUUGUGGGA